AUUAAAAACAGGUAGUGACUGGAGCCGUACCGUAAUCGAUUAUAUCGCUUCACUACUGAGUUCUGUACUGUGCCUGGAUUGAGUUGCCGCAUAUGUGAUGAUGGUUCAUAACAUCGGUUUUAUCGCCUUAUUUUACCUCGUGAUAUUCCUGUCUUCGUGCACCGACCCCCUGUCCGGCGCUUGUUCUACUUCAAUUCCGGGGGUCUCCUUAAAAAACCAUGUUAUAAACACAGCCGUCGUCAAAGAUGUAUCCUCUUGUUACUAUUACUGCAAGGACACCGAUAUUUGUCAAAGCCUGAACUACUUCUUCAAAGAAAGAAAAUGUGAAGUGAAUAACAGAACAGCGUUACUAAGGAUGUCCCACAUGAUAUACUCACCUGGUGCUAUGUAUUUUGAAAAUCCUGAUCGAGUUCUACUUGGUACCAGUUUCCAUCUUCCCGCGCUUUCUUGUGACGAGAUUAAAAAUGCCUCCAAGGGUACCCCUGAGAGUCGACAUUAUUGGAUUACUGAAGACAUUUCCACGGUCCCCACACUUGUCAAAUGUAAUUUCUCUACCCCUGCCUUUUACUGCUCCACGAAACCUUGUCAAAAUGGUGCCACGUGCCUGGAGGGGAAGGAUACCUAUUACUGCAGCUGUAGUGCAGGAUACACUGGACGAACCUGUGACACUCCUUUAGGUCCUUGUGUCAGAAACCCUUGCUUGAAUGGAGGACAGAGACACGUGACCGUUAAGGGCCUCUUCCGCGGACCUUCACCUGGAACAUGUACAAAUUUCUGCACAAAAUCAAGCCAGGGCUGGGCAACAGAGUAUUCUAAACUGGAGCAUAUAUUCUGUAUGUGUUAUUAAGAACCAAUGUAAACAAAUCAGUACAUUGACCAUUGCUCGGCUUUGUUGAGUAUUUAUUCAGCUAUUAAGAGUUAGUCUUCUUUACUUCGAGUCUGUAACUAAGUGCGCAUGCUCACAACGUACAACUGCAUACCACAGCUAAGAACUUCAUCAUUAUCUUAUGGUUUGAUUGCGUUUUUCUUUGUCAAUUGUAACGUUUUUCAUUUUCCUGAGGAUUGCCGUGUAGGCCGAAAGCUCGGAUCAUAUUUAUUAAAUUUAUGGCUGAUAAAACAAA